AUGGGCCGUGUGGUGUGUAUGUGGUUUCCAAACAAUGAAAAUCUGAUAGAUAGCACUUGCAAGAGAACACCCAACUACAAUCUUUGCCUUCAAACACUGAAGGUAAGCCCUGGAAGCUCCACAGCUUAUGUCUCGGGGCUGGCUCUUAUCAUGGUCAAAGUGAUGAAAGCCAAAGCAAACGAUGCCUUGAAAAUAAUCGAUGACUUGCAGGGGAAGGGAGGAGCAGGACCUAAGCAGAGAAGAGCCUUGAGUUCUUGUGCCAGUAAAUACAAAGCAGUGUUGAUAGUUGAUGUUCCACAAGCCACCAAGGCUCUGCAGAAAGGAGACCCCAAGUUUGCUGAAGAUGGAGCCAAUGAUGCUGCUAAUGAGGCUACCUUUUGUGAGAGUGAUUUCUCUGGGAAUUCUCCACUCACCAAACAGAACAAUGCUAUGCACGAUGUUACUGCUAUUACUGCUGCUAUUGUUAGAUUGCUGCUCUAGAUUUUUAACUUCCUAGAACUAGUACUUAGUUGUAUUCACUGAUUGUUGCAUAUGUCUUGGAACCUGCUUUUGCUUGUUAUGUAAAAAAAAAAGCUGGUAUCUAUUUUAAAGCUCUUAUAAUAAGUUAAUUUCAUUUUGCUUUCUUUUUGUAUAUUUAGACAUCAUGUUCUGGAAGAAUAUGGUAGUGUACAUUCUUU